AUGGUCAACUAUGGCCAGAGCACGCCAGGGGUGCCCGAUCGAGGAUAUGUCCUCUACAUCACGGCCCUAGUGAUGGUUCUGGUGGCGUCUCUCUUCGUAGGCGCUCGGAUCGGAUCGAGGAUCUAUACUGGACGUCUGGGAGUAGAUGAUGCCACCAUCAUCGCAGCAUUGGCCUGCUCGGUCCUGGUAACUGCGACAAUAAAUAUGGCCGUCGUGAGCGGGUAUGGCCGCCACCUCAGUAACCUUACAGUAUCGCAGAAGAGGAAAGCCUUCGAGUGGUUCUUCAUCGCCCAAAUCUUCUACAAACUCGUCCUCGGCUUCACCAAAUUCUCCAUCGUAUGGCUCUACCUUCGGAUUUUCAUCACGAAAGGCUUCCAGAUCAUAGGAAAGAUCUUCCUCGUCCUCAUCACACUCUGGGCCAUCGGCACUAUGCUAGCGACUAUCCUGCAAUGCAUCCCUAUCCAAGCUUCAUGGGAUAAAUCGGUUAAGAAUCCAAAAUGCAUCAACAAGGAUGCCUUUUGGUAUGCCUUUGCGGCAACUAAUACCGUUACUGACUUUGCGAUUUUUCUCCUUCCUAUCUAUCCGGCUAUGAAGUUGCAAUUGAAUAAACGAGAGAAGAUUGGUCUCCUGGCUGUUUUUGCUAUGGGUGCUUUCGCCUGCACAGCAAGUAUCAUCAGAACAGUCGCCGUGUCGCAAACAUCAGCGCGCGAACUCGAUCUAAGCUGGGACUUCAUCCCCCGCUCAACCUGGACCCUCGUCGAAGCCAACGUCGGAAUCAUCUGCGCCUGUCUCCCAACCUUACGCUACCCCCUCUCUCGUCUCUUCCCCUUUCUCUUCCGCGGCUCCGUCCGAGGCGGGAUGAGCACCCGUCGAACGGGCAGCAGCCACUACGUUCUCCACACAAUAUCCCGCCGUCGCGCCCAUCUAUCCGGAUCAUCGUACACUGUCCCUGGAUUCACGGCCUUUGAGCAACAGAGCCAGGAGCAGAUCGUCAGGAAUCCUGAUCUGGAGGAAAGGGAUUAUCCCGGGCGUGAAAGUAGUGGUAGUGGUAGCGCUACGUCGGCUCCGAGUGGGAUUACGAAGACGACGCAGGUUCAAAUUGCGUAUAUGGAUGGGAGGCCGGUUAAGGUUAAUAGUGAUGCUGUAGAGGUGGUAUAA